AUGUCGACACGAUGCGGGAGUCACCGAGACUCUAACUUGAUGCAACAGUAUGGAGUGUUACCCAAGAAAGCAACCCUCAAACCGACGCCAUUCAAAGUGCAUAUUGCGGAGGAGAAACUGCAGCUGUUCACAGAUCUGGUCCGCUUAUCGCCAGUAGCGCCUGCAGUUUAUGAGAACUCGAACACCAAAAUCGGUCGUCGAUAUGGAGUGCGUCGUGAUUGGGUUGCUGAAGCCAAGGAAGUCUUAUCCACGACAUUCAGCUGGCGAAAAUUCGAAGAGAGGAUAAAUCGGUAUCCCAACUUCAGAGUAGCACUCAAAGAUGACGAAGACUUGGAGCUCAAUAUCCACUUUGUGGCUUUGUUCUCCAAAAGACAGGAUGCUACACCCAUCAUACUCUACCACGGCUGGCCCGGCACUUUCGUAGACUUUCUCGAGAUACUUGAUCGGCUUGCAGCAAGAUAUACUCCGGAAACACUGCCAUACCAUAUCGUGGUGCCGUCAUUACCAGGGACCGCGUUCUCCUCUGGCCCAACGACCGACGUCGAUUACUCAUUAGUUCGAGCAGCGUACUGUCUCGAUUCACUUAUGCUUGGACUGGGUCUGGAUCAUUACAUUGCUCAUGGCGGCGGCCUCGGGGCAGGAAUCGCCAAUAUUCAGGCAUUGGCCUUUUCCUCUUGUGAAGCUUUCCACGUGAAUACCUUUCUGAUGGCACCUCCUGUGGAUCACGAGAAGUUGUAUGUCGAUGAAGAGGACAAGAACAACAUCCGCCGAUGCGUGCAAUUUCUUCGUACUGGAAUGGCAUAUGCCUCGGAGCAUGGCACACGACCUGCAACUACUGGUCUGACACUGCAAGCAAGUCCCAUAGCGAUGUUGAGCUGGGUUGGCGAGAAGUAUCUCGAAUGGUCAGAUGAAGACCCCCCUCUCGAGAAAGUGCUCGAGACCGUGGCACUUUAUUGGCUUACAGAAAGCAUUCCUCGCGGGCUAUACGCUUUUCGAAAAAUCGUCGGAGGGCCACCGCCGCGGUUACCAUUUAUUGAGAAGCCGUUUGGAUAUUCCACGUUUCCAAAGGAUGUCAUGCCUGUUCCAGUAAGCUGGGCAGCCACGACAGCGAAAUUGAUUUUCUUCAAGAAGCACACUAGUGGUGGCCGGUUUCCGGCAAUCGAGAAGCCAAGGCUACUGCUAGAAGAUAUCGAGGCGUUCGUGAAAGCUGUGCAUCCAGCAUCAUCCCCCAGGAAGCGUCGAGCAAGCUCCGAGUUGGACAGUCCCAAUAGCGUUCGGGAUUUUCGCAUUUGA